CCUACUCCUCGCUUCCAGAUUCCCUCACUCUCUCUCCAAUAUGAUCAUCAGCUAGGGCUUUUUUCUCUCUAUCAAUCGCUUCUCCUGCGAUUUUUUUUUGGGGAAUUAGGGUUCGCGAUUUGCUCUUUUGACUGUUAGGAGUGUUGUGAUAGCUGUAAUCGAUGAGGAAAGGAUUGUUUGAAGUUUCUGGAAAUGGCGGUCCUGGAGGAGUUCGAUCUUGAUGGAAUUUGGUUUUUCUGAGUUGUGGUUGGGAGCUUGGGUCCGUGGCUUGUGUUGAGUGUCUGAAGGACUGUAGUGGAUCGGUGAGGGGGAGAGACGUUUUUGAGAAAUGGAUUCUGCGGAGGUCGGCUCCGGUUCCGGUGGUUCUGGUUUUGCGGCGGGGUUUGGGGGUCGAUCUUGAGGGAAUUUGGCUGGAUUUGUCGGUGGAGAGUUGAGAUUCUGGAGUAGUUGGAGGAAUCUGGUCCUGAUAUCUCUCCUUUGGUUCUCGAAUUCUUUCUUCUGUUUAGAAUUUAUAAAUAUUUCUUUAGAUAAUGGAUUUUGUUGACUCUGAAGAUGCUCUCUACAAGGAGCUCUGGCAUGCUUGUGCUGGGCCUCUUGUGACGGUGCCUCGCGUAGGGGAGCGAGUUUUCUACUUUCCUCAGGGUCAUCUGGAGCAGGUGGAGGCGUCAACUAAUCAGGUGGCUGACCAACAGAUGCCGGCUUAUGAUCUUAGAGCGAAAAUCCUUUGCCGUGUGAUUAAUGUUCAUUUGAAGGCUGAAUCGGACACUGACGAAGUGUUUGCUCAAGUGACUUUGCUUCCCGAACCUAAGCAAGAUGAAAACUCCGCGGAGAAAGAGGAUGUGCUUACUCCCACUCCUCGACCUCGUGUACACUCCUUCUGUAAGACCCUUACUGCCUCAGAUACAAGCACUCAUGGUGGCUUCUCAGUGUUGAGGAGGCAUGCUGAUGAGUGCCUACCUCCACUGGACAUGUCCAAGCAACCUCCGACCCAGGAGUUGGUAGCCAAGGAUUUGCAUGGAAAUGAGUGGCGAUUCCGCCACAUUUUUCGAGGUCAACCAAGGAGGCACCUUCUUCAAAGUGGUUGGAGUCUUUUUGUCAGUUCCAAAAAGCUUGUUGCAGGGGAUGCUUUUAUUUUCCUCAGAGGUGAAAAUGGGGAACUUCGUGUAGGGGUAAGGCGUGCUAUGAGGCAACUAAGCAAUGGCCCAUCUUCAGUCAUAUCUAGUCACAGUAUGCAUCUUGGUGUUCUUGCUACAGCUUGGCAUGCAGUCUCUACGGGUACAAUAUUCACCGUCUAUUACAAACCAAGGACUAGUCCUGCUGAGUUUAUUAUUCCAUUUGAUCAAUACAUGGAGGCUGUCAAGAAUCACUAUUCUAUUGGAAUGAGAUUCAAAAUGAAGUUUGAAGGUGAAGAAGCUCCAGAACAGAGGUUCACUGGUACUGUUAUUGGAACUGAAGAUGCAGAUCCCAUGAGGUGGCCUGGAUCAAAAUGGAGAUGCCUCAAGGUUCGGUGGGAUGAAACCUCUUCUGUUCCUCGUCCAGAGUGUGUUUCCCCCUGGAACAUAGAAGUUGCUUUGACACCUCCUUCUCUGAAUCCACUUCCAGUUUCACGAUCAAAGAGGCCCCGUGCAAACAUGAUGUCAUCAUCUACUGAAUCCUCUGUUCUUACAAGGGAAGGUUUGUCUAAAGUCACCAUAGACCAUUCGCCAGGAAGUGGGUUUUCAAGAGCCUUGCAAGGUCAAGAAAUCUCAACCUUGAGGGGCAUUUUCAUGGAGAAUAACAAUGAUUUGGUCACUACUCAAAAAUCCAUUGUACAGCCACGAUCACAAGUUGUUGACCAGAUGGACUCAGCUUCUACUAAGAGAAGUUUUAUGUCAGAGGACUGGGUUCCUCAGCUGAGACAGGGGGUGCAGUGUGCAAAUCUAAUUUCAGGUCCUCAGUCCAUGAUGCACUCAAGUACCGUGUUAAACAUGGAGUCUAAUGUGAAACUUUCUGAAGGAGCCAAAGGGAAACCAUAUCCGACUCCUGCAAAUGUCAGAUACAGUGGCUUUAGUGGGUAUGGUGGAUUACAUGACCUUGGAGCUGAGCAGUGUCCUGGAAACUGGUUGUUGCCCCUGCUUCCACAUUCAUAUUCUGAAACUACACCUCAUCUCAUGGGGUUAAAGCCACAGCCUCUGUAUGUACAAGAAGAGGUGGUGAAAUCCAAAGGAGAUGGAAACUGCAAACUCUUUGGCAUCUCCCUCAUCAGCAAACCUGCUGCAAAUCCCAUGCAUAGACCACAAGGGGAAAUCCAACUUACAAUGGAAAACCCAGCCCGACAUCCAGAGCAAUCAAAGAGUUCAAAGUACAUGGAGAUAGGAGGUUUUGAGCAUGAGAAACCUUUCCAAGCUUUGGAACAGCAGCUUUCAAGAGAUGAUCAAAGCAAACUUCAUUCUGGUUCAACUAGGAGUUGCAUCAAGGUUCACAAGCAGGGAAUUGCCGUAGGGAGAUCCGUGGACCUCACCAAGUUUAAUGGUUACACUGAACUAAUAUCUGAAUUGGAUCAGAUUUUUGAAUUCAAUGGUGAAUUAAUAUCUCUCAACAAAGAUUGGUUGAUUGUUUUUACUGAUGACGAGGGUGACAUGAUGCUUGUUGGAGAUGAUCCCUGGCCGGAGUUUUGCAGCAUGGUGCGCAAAAUCUUUGUCUACACCCGAGAGGAGAUUCAGAGGAUGGACCCAAGACCCCUGAAUCCUAAGGUAAGGGAAAACCCAACAGUUCUGGAGAAGAAGGGUGGUGCAAAAGAAGCUAAAGAGUUGGAGACAUCCCUCAGCAGUGAGUCUCUGGGGCAGGGCAAGUCUGCCUGAAUUGACCAUGGAGCAUUUAUUUGUUACAUCUGGUGAGUUUGAGAGCCAAACAGCAACUUUGGGAUAUUGUGUCCUUGUUAAGUACCCAAAACUACCAACGUUCAGGCUAUUAUUUUGGAUGCUGAAAACAUUAGAAUUUGUCCUUAUUUUAAUUUGUUCUUGAUCAGGUUGUGAAGGCAGUUGAGGCAGUUGUAAAGCCCCUUCGCCAUGGCAUUUUAAUCGGGGUUUACUACAGGUCACUAGUUUGCAGUUUCUUUGUUUUUUGGUUUUAAAAAAAAUAUAAUUUCUCUCUUUUUUAUAUUUUUGGUUCAUUUCCAACCCCCAAACCACUUGGUUGUUAAGAAGUUUGAAGUCUGGUGUUUUAUAUGUUAUAUUAUGCUUUCAUUGUCUUUCAUGAAUUUCAUACAUAAUCUACUUUUACAUUCUUUGGGUAAAAAUUAGGGGCAGCCUUAGGUUUCUGAGACUCUUUUUGUACAGCUCUUUUCUCCUUGAUUUCUCUCUCAUUUCCAACUAGAGUGUAGGCUGUGGAUAUAUAUAUAUACUUAUAUAUGAGCAUGUAUUUUGUAAUA